GCGGCGGCGCUCGGGCAGGUCAGCGCGCGCGGCGCGGGGAGAGCGGUGGGGGGGAGCGUGUGCGAGCGCCCCCUGGCGGCGGGGCGGGGCGCCCGGUAGCCCCGGGGGUUCCGCCCCUGGUGCUGCUGCCGUGGGCGCGUCCCGGGGGUGCCGGAUUGGGGGGGGUGGGCAAAGCGUGUGUGUGAGGUGGGGUGUGUGACCCCCGCCCGGUUCCCCCGGUGCGACCGGGGCUGACGGCUGCGCCCGCAGGGCCCCCCCCCCCAUCCCCCCCCGCCGGCACCAUGAGCACCGAGACGCUGGUGAAGGACGUGAAACCGGGGCUGAAGAACCUCAACCUCAUCUUCAUCGUGCUGGAGACAGGCCGGGUGACGAAGACAAAGGACGGGCACGAGGUGCGGACCUGCAAGGUGGCCGACAAGACGGGCAGCAUCAACAUUUCGGUGUGGGACGAUGUGGGGAACCUCAUCCAGCCCGGGGACAUCAUCCGCCUCACCAAGGGCUACGCGUCCGUCUUCAAGGGCUGCCUGACGCUCUACACGGGGCGCGGAGGCGACCUGCAGAAGAUCGGCGAGUUCUGCAUGGUCUACUCGGAGGUGCCCAACUUCAGCGAGCCCAACCCCGAGUACGUGGCGCAGCAGUCGCAGAGCAAAGGGGCCCAGAACGAGAGCGCGAGCCCAGCCGCUUCGCAGACCGGGCAGGGCCCCCCCGCAACAUCCCCAGCCUCCGACAGCCAGAACGGGAACGGGCUGAGCCCGGGGGGCCCCACGCACCCCCCCAGCGCCCCCCCUCACCCCCCCAGCGGCCGCAUCACCCGCAGCCAGCCUGGCCACCCGGCCCCCCCCCCGGGCCCCGUCAGCAACGGCAAGGAGACGCGGCGGAGCAGCAAGAGAUAACGGGCCGGGACCCCCUCGGGCCCUUUCCCUUGGGCUCCCGGUACCCUCUGGGGGGGGUCCCCCAGCCCUGAGCAGCCCCCGGGGUGCGGGGGGGGCCAGCUGCCCCCCACUCAUGUGCCUCAGGGGAGGGUGAGGGGCCCCCACCCCAGACCCCCCUGUCUUGGGCCAGCUGGGCUCGGGGGUCCUGGGCAGGAUGGGGCUGAGCCGCGCGGCCGCUGCCCAGCAGCCCCUGGAGCUGGGGGGGGGCCACAGCCGCUGCCACCCCCCCUCCCAAAACACCCUCCCCCCCAACCACCACGUGUCGAGGUGGGGGGCCAGGACCCCUCGGGUGGAUGUUAAUAAAGGUUGUUCUCCUGCCUG